AUGGGCUCCCAGCCACCCUCUGCCACCAAGCACCUGGUGCCACCUCAGGGCCUCACGGGGCUCUGGCCAGGCUGGAAGGUGGGGCAAAGGAGCCCAGCGCAGGCCAAGGCUACGGCUGCUUUGAGGUCAGUGCCAGACCCUGCCCGUGUCCAGAGGGCCACGCUGACCUUCACAUCCCCAAACACCCUGGCUGCCACCCUGGGAACCCCAGCCACCCAUCCGGACCCCUGCCCCAGGGCCCCCAUUCAUGGCCCCUGUGACCUCAGCUCUGGACUCAGCGGUCUGCCUUCAGCCUCUCUCGGCCCUGAAUGCCUAGCCCCCCCACGCCAAGUGUUGGCAGACGAAGAGUUGGACGGCAGGGUUCUUAGGAACCCCCAGGGUCCUGGGGCUCUAGACAGUGAGCCCCUGCUAGGGGCCAGAGCUGCAGCCUGCCCCUGGGCUGGGCAGUCAAAGGAGGAGGAUGGCGAGGGGCAGGCGGGAGAGUCGGGGGAGGAGGAGUGCCCCAUCUGCACAGAGCCCUACGGGCCCGGGGAGCACCGCCUGGCCCUGCUGAACUGUGGCCACGGCCUGUGCGUGGGCUGCCUGCACCAGUUGCUGGGCACAGCCCCCAGCGCCAGCCUGGGCCAGGUAUGCUGCCCGCUGUGUCGCCAGAAGACGCCCAUGCUUGAGUGGGAGAUCUGCCGGCUGCAGGAGGAGCUGUUGCAGGCAGAUGGGCCCCAGGGCCCCCCGCCCCCUAUGCCCCCCGCUCCUCCCCCGCCCCGGGGUCCCGGGCCCUGGGCCUCCCUAGAGCACCGCUACCAGCUGCGCUUCCUGGCAGGGCCCGUGGGCGGCCAGGGCUGCCUGCCCUUCCUACCGUGCCCGCCCUGCCUGGGUGCACGGCUCUGGGCCUUGCGGGAACGAGGGCCUUGCCCCCGCCGCCUUGCUCUGUCGGGCCUGCUGGCCCUGGAGCUGCUGGGCCUGUUGCUGGUCUUCACGCCACUCAUGCUGCUGGGGCUGCUCUUCGUGCUGCUAGACCGUUCCGGCCGCUGAGUGGGGCCUCCCACGCCUGCGACCGGCACCACUGGGGCCUCAGACGAUCCUGGCUGCCGCCGGACCAGGAGACCCAGGCUGGCCCUGAGGCCUGAUGACUGAACUGAACAGCCGAGACUGGCCUCCAUCCAGACCCAGGUCUGGGGCCAGGCCACCCAGGAGCCAGAGACGUCCGACGACCCUGCCGCCUGCCGCAGACUACCGGUGCCCACGGGCAGUGCUGUAGGAGGCCUGUGG